AUGGCCAAGACUCGAGGGUCUUCAUUUGCGGCAUUGAAGCCAAGGGCUACUAUGAAAGAGAAAGGCAAGGGCAAGGUCACUCAGAGAGAUGGUGAGGCUGAACCCAAGGAGCCCGAGUCUAGGAAACGACAAAGGGCCAUUUAUGAGUCAACUAUUACAGAGAGGGUAGCCACUU